GACCUCAUGGUUUUGGAUUCACCAUUUGAAGGAGAAGGCUGUGCGCAAAAAGGAGCCGUACGAUUGCAAACCUUGGCGGUGUGAAGGAGAGGUAUCAUGGCAGGGGACAUGCUCUUGUUGAUGAGGGGCUUGGCGAAGCUGAGUCAGGCCGUCAUUGAGACCCAGGCGAGCGCGCUGCGUGGGGGAGGAGCCCAGGCCGUGGCCCAGAGCAUGCAGAUGACUGCAGAGCAGGGCAUGGGUGUGGCCCUGCAGAAGAUCCAGGAGUUCAGCGGUCAGGAACAGAAUGUGUCAGACUUCAGCACAGACAUGGACUCACAGUACGACUUCUCAGGCUCGGAGGAGCACCAUAAAAGUGCUGAAUUUGGAGGUUUGGACAGUGCCACCCUCAGGGACUCUAGUGCGGGUGAGACCGACCCAUACAGCCAAGGGCCAGGCAAAUCUAAACUGUUUGAGGGCUACAAGGACCCUAGUAAACAGUUUACAAGACAGUACAGGUCAUACCAUCAGGACCACUCCUCUGUGGGUGGGCUCACAGCAGAGGACAUUGAAAAGGCCCGGGACGCCAAAAGACCCACCUCUAAACCACACAAACAAAUGCUUAGCGAAAGAGCACGGGAGAGGAAAGUGCCUGUCACGAGACUGGGAAGACUAGCCAAUUUUGGAGGUCUUGCUGUAGGUCUGGGCAUCGGCGCUCUGGCAGAAGUGGCAAAGAAAAGUCUGAGAUCAGAGGAGAAAAAUGGGGAUAAGAAGGCUGUACUGGACUCCAGUCCGUUCCUGUCGGAGGCCAAUGCAGAGCGCAUCGUCAGGACGCUGUGUAAAGUGAGAGGAGCUGCUCUCAAACUGGGACAGAUGCUCAGUAUUCAGGAUGAUGCCUUCAUCAACCCCCAGCUGGCCAAGAUCUUUGAGCGUGUACGGCAGAGCGCAGACUUCAUGCCAAUCAAACAGAUGACGAAAGCCCUGAAUAAUGACCUGGGCCCAAACUGGAGGGACAAGCUGGAGAUGUUUGAGGAGAGGCCGUUUGCGGCCGCGUCCAUUGGCCAGGUGCAUCUGGCCAGAAUGAAGGACGGCAGAGAGGUAGCCAUGAAGAUCCAGUACCCUGGAGUAGCACAGAGCAUCAACAGUGACGUGAACAACCUCAUGGCUGUUCUCAGCAUGAGCAACGCGCUGCCUGAAGGGCUGUUCCCCGAGCACUUGAUUGAUGUGAUGCGGCGUGAGUUGGCCCUGGAGUGUGAUUAUAUAAGGGAGGCCCAGUGUGCCCGAAAAUUCAAGCAGCUGUUGAAAGACCACCCUUUCUUCUACGUGCCCGACGUGAUUGAGGAGCUGAGCAGCCGGCAUGUGCUCACCACAGAGCUGGUUCCUGGUUUUCCACUGGACCAAGCUGAGGGACUGACACAAGACCUUAAGAACGAGAUCUGUGAGAACAUUCUGGUGCUGUGCUUGAGAGAGCUCUUUGAGUUCAGGUACAUGCAGACAGAUCCCAACUGGUCCAACUUUUUCUACGACCCACAGGCACACAGGGUAGCUUUGUUGGACUUUGGCGCAACGAGAGGCUUCGAUCAGAGUUUCACAGAUGUCUAUAUUGAGAUAAUCAAGGCUGCCGUAGAUGGCAACAGAGAGGGAGUGCUAAAGAGAUCCAUCGAUAUGAAGUUCCUCACAGGUUAUGAGUCUAAGGCCAUGGAGAAUGCCCAUGUGGAUGCUGUGAUGAUCCUGGGUGAGGCCUUUGCCUCUAAGGAGCCGUUUGACUUUGGCUCUCAGAGCACAACUGAGCGUAUUCAUAACCUUAUCCCCGUGAUGCUGAAACAGCGCCUCACCCCACCCCCCGAGGAAACCUAUUCCCUCCACCGCAAGAUGGGCGGCUCGUUCCUCAUCUGCUCACGCCUCGAUGCCAAGCUUUGUUGCCAUGACAUGUUUCAGGCGACCUACAGAAAGUACUGGAGCAAUCGCCAGAAAGGACCAAGCCAGUGAAGAUGCCCACCCGGUCCAGUCACAACAAUGAGGGGGCGGGGCUAAGCAUAGAGGACACUGUGACAGGCAGACUGGCCCAACCAACAGUUCAGUUGGGAAAUUGAAUGUACAAUGGACGGCACUUUUUUUCCUACGCUCUCUAUUUCUCUCUCUCUCUCUUUUUGCCCCACCCCAGAUAUAUAUAUAUACACUUUUUGGUUUGUUUCUUUGUUUUUCAUUUGUGUGUGUUAAUGGGAUACAUAAUUACGGCCAUGCAAGUAUAUACCCUCAGACCUAACAAUCUGUCGUAUAAGUGUGUUUGUGGUUCUGGCCUAAUUGUGACAUGCACUAUUGUCCUUGAGAAUCGAAUGUAAUGGUACACGAUACUAAACUAAGAGAGUAGGGUCACCUGUGAAGGUUUGAAUUACUAUUUAAGAGGCUUCAGCGCCGCAUGGAAAGUAAAACAUGAAAGAAAUGAAUGAAAACCAUUUAUCCAGAGAAGCUAGCCAAAUUUUUGUCUUUUUGUCCUAUUAACAACAGUCUUCGAAAAGUAUCAGGACAACUAAAAAGCCCUUCAAAUGCAUAUGCAUGUGUUUGAUCACUUGUUUGCUUACUUUAUUUCCUUUAGUCUCACAUUGUAUUAAUGAAUAGCGCACAAAUUAUGCAGGCCUGGGUGAAAGAUGAGUCCUGCUGAGGGGAGAAGUAAGAAUUGAAACCAGUUUUCUUUCCACCUGUUUCCAUUGAAGGAUGGUCCAAAAAUGAGCAAUAUCAGCAGACACUGUGUCGAGACGAAAAACGUCCUCUUGCCUUUAUCAGUUAUACCGUUGAGAAUCGGAGUUUGCGGGUGAUCAUGUCGUUGGCUCCCUGUCUGGUGCUUACCUUCCCAAAAUCGUCACAAAUGGGCAUAAACAAUGAAUGAGCACUGAAAAAUAGCAUUGGUGUGGAUGCUAGAUACAUCUGCAUUCUCUGCAUUUUCUAGCUCUCGAAAACCGUAUCAUAGCGAGUAUCAAAAAUCCUACUUAUUUGUUGUUUUUUCUUUUAGUUUUGUCAGAAAUUUUGAAAUCCAGGUUGUUGUUGUUAUUAUAGUAUGGAAAGAUGGUUGCUGUAUGACACCUGAAUAUAUCGAUGUAUUAAAAUGUGCCUACUGUUAUCAUUCAAGGUUUAAAAAAAAGUAUAUUCUUAGGCACAAUAACAUGAGAUCAGAGCUUUUCUUGGGGGGUGGGGGGUAGCAAUAUGGCUUUUAUUAUGAAAUUUAAUUCUUACUGAGAGUUGUGAUAAAUGAUUUAAAAUGAUUAAAUCUUUCAAUCAAAAGCACCUCGUCUCAUGGCAUAGUAAACACAGUGUUUAUUUCUGCUUCAGCCUGUCAAAUUGUAACUGCACAUGAAUGAAAGAGCUUCACUAUUUUCAGCAAAAGCUGUAACAGCACAGAUUUAAAUUGAGACCACUAAUGCAUCACUGCCCUUGACAUUGACAGAAUGGACUGUUCCAGAAGCGUGCCGUUUCUUUUUGGUUCAUCUUCAUCCUGUAGUCAUACAUGAUUCUUUUUCCUUCACCAUGUUGAAAGUUUAAUGAAACUGGGGUAAAUGUGAACUUAAUACAUAAUUGCUUUAUUGUUAGUAAUGUGUAACUGUGUAACUUUAAUCUGACUGAUGACAAAUAUGUCUUGUUCAGAGGAAAAUGUCUCAAAUGUAUUGGCUCAAAGCUGUCUUUAGCUGAGUAAUAGCUUGUUCAUUUGCUCCACAUUGGAAUACACCACCUCUUGAUUCAUGAAACAAUAUAUUCACACUUUGCAC